CCAGCCCUCGGGGGCCAUGGAGGCUGACCCGUGCGGCUGCUGCGAGCGGCUGGUGCUCAAUGUGGCGGGACUACGCUUCGAGACGCGCGCUCGGACCCUGGGGCGCUACCCGGAUACGCUGCUGGGCGACCCGGGUCGCCGGCGCGCCUUCUAUGACCCGGCCCGCGGAGAGUUCUUCCUGGACCGCCACCGGCCCAGCUUCGACGCCAUCCUCCACUACUACCAGUCGGGAGGGCGCCUGCGGCGGCCGGCACACGUUCCCCUGGACGUCUUCCUGGACGAGGUGGCCUUCUACGAGCUGGGCGCCGACGCGCUCGCCAAGCUCCGCGAGGAUGAGGGCUUCGCAGCCGAGCCCGAGCGCCGGCUGCCCCGGCGGCCCUUCGCGCGCCAGCUCUGGCUGCUCUUCGAGUUCCCUGAGAGCUCGGCCGCAGCCCGCAUCGUGGCCGUCGUCUCCGUGCUCGUCAUCCUUAUCUCCAUCGUGGUCUUCUGCCUGGAGACCUUACCCGACUUCCGAGACGAACGCGACGGCCAGCCUGGGGCUGCCCCGGGGCCGCUCCCAUCAAUGCGGUCCAAUGGCUCCCAGACAGCACCUCCACCUCCGAGGGCCCCAUUUGAUGACCCUUUCUUCCUGGUGGAGACGCUCUGCAUCUGCUGGUUCUCCUUUGAGCUCCUGGUGCGUCUGGGUGCCAGUCCAAGCAAGACAGCCUUCUUCAAGAAUGUCAUGAACCUUAUUGACUUUGUGGCCAUCCUACCCUACUUUGUGGCCUUGGGCACAGAGCUGGCCCGGCAGCGGGGUGUGGGUCAGCCCGCCAUGUCCCUGGCCAUUUUGCGGGUUAUUCGCCUGGUCCGCGUUUUCCGCAUCUUCAAGCUGUCACGCCACUCUAAGGGCUUGCAGAUCCUGGGCCAGACACUGCGGGCAUCAAUGCGUGAACUGGGCCUGCUCAUUUUCUUCCUCUUCAUUGGGGUCGUCCUCUUCUCCAGUGCGGUUUACUUUGCAGAGGUCGAUGGGCCCCCAGAUUCAGGCUUCACCAGCAUCCCUGCUUCUUUCUGGUGGGCUGUGGUGACCAUGACAACCGUGGGCUAUGGGGACAUGGCACCUGCCACAGUGGGUGGCAAGAUUGUGGGCUCCCUCUGUGCCAUUGCUGGUGUCCUCACCAUAUCCCUGCCUGUGCCUGUCAUUGUCUCCAACUUCAGCUAUUUCUACCACCGGGAAACAGAAGGAGAAGAUACUGGGAGAUACCGGCAUGUGGCUACCCAGCCCUGCUGCCCUCCUGAGGCCCCUGAGGGCAAGGCUAAUGGGCUAGUUGGGGGCAGUGGGAAGCACUUGGUCACAGAGGUAUGAGGGGUCCAGUCCAGGGUGGGAAAAGAAGUUAGUGUGGCGGGAAAGAAAGUGAAGAUACAGUAAUGUUGGGCUAGAGCUGGUUUAUUAGGUGGCAUGGGUGAUGGGACCUAGACCCUGAAUUUUCCCAUACAUUUCAGCAACUCAUCAGUGGCAAGUCUGGCAGGACUUCUGAAGUUGUUUUGCGUUGGCCCAUUGACCCUAGGAGUCCCAAGGGGACUUACUGAGUUCCAUUGAAUUAUAUUAAAUCACGCUGGUUUUUUUAAAGUUGGGAUUGAGUCCUGUUGGGAUAUGAGUAUCUGUGGGGACUAUGUGAUUGAAAUAGAUUCAGUUAUGUUGAAUGCAGUGAAUCUUAAGGUGAUAGGGACUUGUGAUUGGCUAAGUGUUUGGACCGUACGAGUUUUCGGGGGCCUCGUGGUUGUGUGAGUCUCUGUGGUGCUGCUGGUCACGUCCCCUGUGUGUCCGGGCCUUGUGCUGCUUUUGCAUUGCAUGAGUCUCUGAGGGUCAGGAGCUUGUGGUUGUGUUGGGUUUUGUUAGGCUCUCAUUGGCUGCUGGUUGUUGUCUUGUACGAGUGUCUGAGGGCCUUGUAGUUGGGUCGAAUUGGGUUAUCAUCCAACUUCAGAGCUUAAGGAGACCUCAGAAAGCAUCUCAUAUAACUUGUAUCUGACCAGAAAUUUCCUCUAUACCAUCCCCACCCCCCAAAAAAGUAUUCAUCCAGCCUCUGCUUGAAGACUUUCAGAGGCGGGAAACUCACUACCUCACAAGGAAGCCCAUUCCAGCAAUCUUCCCAUUACUCUUACUCUGCCUUCAGGGGCCAAACAACACAAGGUCUACUUCUUAUUCUUUAGAAGCUUUUCAAAUAUUUCAAGACUGUGUCAUGUCUCCUCUAAGUCUUCUCUUCUCCAUGAGAAAUAGUCCUGGUCCCUUCAACUCAUCUUGCUGUGACAUGGUCUCCAGUCUUCUCAUAGAUCCAGAAUCACCCCUUGACACUGUCCUGCCUGGACCUGACCACCAGACUCCUGCCACGGUGGGAGUAGGGCAGAGAACAGAAAGGCUGUCACCUCCCUUGUCCUGGACCUUGCCCUUAUUAACGCAGCCCAAGGUGCACUGAACAUGGUACACUACUGACUCAGGUUCAAUUUGCAGUCACCCCAAGACCCACAAAACUCUUCUACCAAAACGGCGGUAUGACCAUAUCUCCUCCAUCCUGCUCCUUGCUAGCUGAUUUUUUUGACCCCUAAGCUUAUUCUCAUUAAAUUCCAUCUUCCUGAUCUGACUCAGGGUUCCCAAAUGUCACGAUCUUUCUAGAUUUCCAUUCUCAAUUGUUUAGUGGGUUAGAUAUCUUACCUAGUUUCGUGUCAUCUAGGAAUUUGAUAAGCUUCUAUUCUAUUCAUCCAAGUCAUUGAUUAAAAAAAAAGCAAAUAGCAUGGGGCUGCAGAGAGAUCCCUGGGACACUCAGCUAGAGACCUCUUUCCAGGCUGAGCUAGAUCCCUUAAUCAGCACUCUUUGCCUAGCGGGGCCAUCAGCUUUCCAGUCUUCCUAAUCCCACUAUCGGCACUGCCCACAUUGCUCUGCCUCAUCCACAACAAUGUGGCUUGGGUUGAGUUGGGUUAAGUCAGAUUGGUUGGGUAGCUUCAUGGAAUUUCUGGAGGGUCUGGAGUUGGAUGGAGGAGCAGCAUCUUGAAUUGUGUGAGGCCUGGAUAGGCUGAGUUGUGUUGGUGUGUUGUGAGUCUCUGGAGGGGUUAGAAGCAUUGCAUGGUUGUACAAAGAGCACUUUGGGCCGGGUGUCAGGAGAACCUGGCUUCUACGGCCAUCUUUGCCGCAGGCUAGACUCUAAUCUGUCCUUGUUGGAGCCUCAGCGCUGCUCAUGGUCCUUUCCAGAUCCCUAGUUCUCCUCUAUUCUUCAGCUGGGCGGCAUUAUUAUCUUUCAUUGUUUGUGGUUGUACAGCUCUAUGAGAGAGCUUUGCAUAAGGUUACAUAUGGCUCUACUGCAUGAGCUGUCUGCAGUCUGUGUAUGGUUCUGUUGGGGUACGUAUAGCUUUUCUGCAUGGUGCUGGGUUGGUUGGUGGGUUGAUGAACUGUGUCUGGGUCUUUUGGGUUGUAUGAUCCCAAGCUGUGGCACCCCCUUGUCUCCCUCAGUCUCUUUCUCUUCUGGCUCCUUUUGCCCCUUCUUCAGCUACUCGAAGUCCCAGCACUUGAGGAAGUAUGACAUGGAGAGAGCUUUCCAGCCUUCUGUCCAAGUGGCUCAUACACCUGGGUAUUGAUAACACCCCCAAGUGAUCCUGAGCCUCACCAGGAGCAACAGGGGGAAGUAGAGAGGAGAUAGAGACAGGAAAGACUCAAAGGCAGCAGAGAGAGAGAGAAGGAGAGAGAGAGAGAGGAGAGAGAGAGAGAGAGAGAGAGAGAGACAGAGAGAGAGAGAGAGAGAGAGAGAGAGAGAGAGAGACAGAGAGAGAGAGACAGAGACAGAGAGAGAGAGACAGAGAGAGAGAAAGGAGAGAGAUCAAGACAGAAAGACUCAGAAGAAAGGCAGAGAUAGGAAGAGACAGGCAAAGAUGCUUUCACAAACCCCCUUCUGGUACUGGGACAGAGUAGUCAGACUAUGGUUGGAAAUGGGGGGGAUGGUGAAAGUCAUGGAGGCAUUGCCCUGGAGCAAUGGUGUGGAUAGAGUGGGGCUGGGAUGGACCCAGUUCUCCAAAUAAACAGCCUUAGCUACCCCUCCACUGGUGUUGCCCUUGGCUGAGAAGAGAAAGGGGGACCCAGUCUCAAGGCAGGGGGAGAACCGCAACCUGGGGACACCCAGCCGCCUGCACUGGGCCUAAAUUUAGGGCUGGGAUGGCCCCCAGGCCAGGGUGUCCAAUGUCUGGCACCUAAAAAUAGCCGGAGGGGGGAAGGGAGGAGAGGAGUCCCCAGCCUUCUGGGUCUCCUGGUGUCUGUCUGUACCUCCAUCUCUUUGUCUGUCUGCAGUCUGUGUAUGGUUCCUCAUCUGUGGGUGUGUCUGUGCCUCCAUCUGUCAUCUGUGUAUAUGACAUAUCUUCCCCCCCAACCCAGGACUGCAAGCCCCUUGAGGACAGUGACUCACCACAACAUCCCCAGAGCCUGGCUCCAAAAGCUGGCCCUUAAUAAAUGCUGAUCGAAUUG